UCGAAGCGUUCGGAUGUGCGCGCGCUCUCUCUCUCUCCAUAUAAUCCAAAGCCGAAAUCGUGAUUAGUUCCCUGCGCCUGCGUAAAUUCGUGGACCUACUUCAAUCAACCAAAAAACCUACGUGAAUUUUUGUGUGUUUUGUUUACUUGUUUAUCUUUCCCAAAUUGAGAGUAAAUUUCCUGUAUCCUGCAUAAACAAAGGAAACGCUCAGAGGAAAUACAAUAAUUUAUGAAGCCACUGCAAAGCGGAAAUAAUUAACACAAAAAAUUAAAAACUAAAUGUGCCGAUCGCAUUUUAGUAACGGUUUCGAUGCGGUUUCAAGCAAUCGGUUUAGCCAUUGACAUCAUUGAUUUAUGUCCCAAGUGUAAAUAAUUCGCACAACAAACAAUACACGAAAAUUGAGGCUUUUCCUCCCUCCGCAAAAACAAACCAAUCAAAUGCAAUGAAAUGAAAUGUUGCCAUUGAUUUGCGCACAUUGCCAUUGUUCAGAGUUAUUGGUUGACUUUUAACUGGGAACCGUACUUUAAGCUGAGCUGCAAACGAAGGAGGAGAGGAGUUUUUUGUUUAUUCCCAUCAUGGACACCGGAAGUGUGGUUAGUGAACCGAUUUCCGCGCAUCAUCGCGCCUUUGCCAAACAGAAGUCCGCCUCCAUGACCAUUCUCAAUCCGAAGGGUUGUGGCAGUGCCGUCAAGUACAGUCUGCACUCGACUGCAGAGACGAACCAGGAGACUGCCAGUACCACCACCACCACCACCUCUACCCACUGUUCGACCACAGGAAGAAGGCGCAAGGGUGGUUCGCUGGGCGGUACUCUCUCCUCGAGAUCCACGCGCAGCGAGUCCAAAGAAUUGAGAUCGGCUUUACAGGAUCGAGAGGCUGUCAUCCAGAAUUUAAGGAUUCAACUAUGUUUGGGCAAGCUGCCUAGGCCGACAGGACCACCACUGGAUGAGUCCGAGAAGCCGGCGGCUGAGCAAAAACUCAAUCGACUGAAGACUGAGGCGGAGAACAAACGGAUUAAGAUCAAGAAUCUGAAGAGCGCCCUGGAGAAGUUGGACAUUACAGAUAACAUCGACAUCCGUAUCCGUCAAGCCGAACUGGAAUAUGCUCUUGGCAGAGAAGAACUCCAGAUGCUCUCGAUUGUUGAGGAAGCACGCGCCUUGCAGGCCAGACUGGAGAAGUCCAAGCCCGAGGCGCAGACUCUUUACAACAUCAUUAGUUCUGGAGUCGCCGUAAGUCUACAUGCCGUCCAUGCCACCUCUGGAAGAUGGGCAGCUCAACAGCGAACGGAUCAACCGGGAUUCUACGUAGAAUGGGCCUUGGAGGGCGAUGGCUUGUACAAGGGCGAUCGCAUCUUGGAGAUCAAUGGACGACUGGUCACAGGAAAAUCCAAAGAAGAGCUGCAGAAGCAAGUGGGAAACUCGGGCAAGUGUCAGAUGGUGGUACUGCGUAAGAAGUCUGCACCCAUUCCACAAAAGCAACUGGACCAGGAGAAGGAGAACAAUAUGCGGCUGCAGCAUCGCAUUUCAUAUCUGGAAGAGCAGGUGCGAGAGCUCCAAACGGUCAAGGAACAUCAUCCUAACCAGCAACAGCAGCACCAGCAGCAGCAUCAUUCCCAGCAAACCUCCUCCCAUCAAUCGCAGCAUGUGACCAGCAUUAGCAUAUCCUCACCUCCUUCAACACCGCCGGAAAAGCCACUGAUUUUCCAGCGUGGCAACUAUAUUACCACUUUGGUGGGUGGCAAACCCAUAGAACUGAUGGGUGACGAGUUAGCCUCCACACAAACAACACCGGGUCACGUUACCAAAACGCUGAUCAAGGAGAAUACCCACAUCGAUUUGAGGGAACGUCUGCCACACAUGUACUCCAUGCCCUCCAAAUCGCUGUCCGCCUCGAAGAUCUCGAUAAAUAGCGAUUCUGCUUACAUGCAGCACCAUCGUCGCGAGAAGGAACGCCACCGAGAACGACAGCACCGCGAACGUCCCAGGGAUCCACUCCAGCAACAGCAGCAGCUGCAUCGCGAACAUCUCAUGAGCACGCAUGCACGCAGUGUGGAGCAUCUCAAUCAUUAUAAUGGACUGGAUCGUCGCCGUGAAACGCCCCGUCAAAGUGAAGCACACACCCUUCGGGCCCGUCUUCCCAGCGAUAUGAGGAGUGUCAAAUCCCUGGAUUUCGAUAGCGAAAACGAAGCAAAGCCUGCGACGGAGACGCGUACCACUCGACCCACUCCUCCCAAGAAACCCCUUCGACUGUCACUCCAAAGAGCUCAAAGCCUUCAGACCGUUGAACUGCAUCCAGGUGCGGAUCUGGACAGGAAGCGGCCCAUGAAAAGGCUUCACCAUAACAAUAACAACAACAACAACCAAAACAUUAACAACAACAAGGGUAGCGGAUCGACAACGGAAGAGGGCCAAACCAUGCUCAUCGAGAACUGCAGUCCCAUGCACACGGCCUCUCUAGGCAGGCACAAGCUCAUCUAGAAACCCAAAACCCAGUCCCAGUUCCAAUCCCAAUCCCAAUUCUAUCAAAACUAAGUGUUAAUCGAAGUAGCUUAACCCUCGACCGUUACUAGCUGAACGAGUUGAAACCCAAAAAAAAGGCGGACAUGUGCAAAAUUAUAAUUAGCAAUAUAAAUAAUUUAAACAAACUUCCAAAUGGGAGGUUUACUUAGCUUAUUACUACUGUACUUACAUUCUAUAUCCAUAAGUAGGGCUUGGCUAUCAUUUUGUACUAUUGAAAAGACCAAUUAUUAAGCGAUGAUGACUUUAUUAGCACAAUUUAUCAAUGUGAAUACACGAAUAUUUUCACUUAA